GUAGUAACGCGGUAGAAACAGAUGAGAGAUCAGCCAACAGGAGAGAAAAUAAGCAUCUCUGCAGGUCAUUUUGAGCCAGUUUCACAAACGUGAAGUAAUUGCUAUAAUUCAUCACUUAGUAGACUAUUCGUCUGUUGGUUUCUCGAAUUUAUCGAUUAUAUUCUAAACUUAAAAUAUCAGGUGACAAAAGUGGAUUACUAUGUAAACAAGGAUGUAAUUAUAAACACAUGUCUGGGAGCACCUGAUACCCUCUAUUUGUGGACCUUUUUUUAUGUCCAGCAUAACCUUAUAUCAGCGACAAGCGUAUUCACAAUAUGGAGCUCAUAUACCGCCAAGGCGUUUGGAUGGCUGAGGCUCUUCAGCUGAGAACCAGAAGUUAUGAAGAUUUUUGGCUCGUUGCAUCUCAUAUGGGAGACCCCAAAGCUGCGGUUCUCCUGUUAUUUCCAGUUGCGUUUUAUGUACAUCGACGGACUGGCAUCGCUGUCAUCUGGGUGGCAGCUUUAUCUGAAUGGCUGAAUUUAGUCCUUAAAUGGAUCCUGUUUGGGGAGAGACCCUACUGGUGGAUAAGACAAUCAGGCUUGUUUUCUGAAAACCCACUGGAGGUCCAGCAGUUCAUAUCCACUUGUGAAACUGGCCCAGGCAGUCCCUCAGGUCAUGCUAUGGUCACUGGUGCUGUCUGGUGGGUGAUAGUGUCCUCUUUGGCAGCAUUCUUUCACGCUCGCACAGGCAGUAAAGUGUUAGCUGCUGUGCCGUACUUGUUUUAUGCAGUUUUGUUGGGAUGUGUAGGUCUUUCCCGGAUAUUUAUCUUGGCUCACUUCCCUCACCAAGUCAUCGCAGGUCUUCUGACAGGGGUGAUGCUGGGGGUUUGGCUGAACCGAUCUGUGCCUGAAGGUCGCCCUCUUCUGUUCUUCUUGGGCUACAGCAUGGCUCUUCUCUUUGGGGCUCUUCUGCUGCACUGUGCUCUGCAGAGGAUUGGAAUUGAUCUGUCUUGGUCUAUUAUACUGGCUAAGAGGUGGUGUUCUCACUCAGAAUGGGUUCGAAUGGAUACAGCACCCUUCUCCUCUUUAACCCGUGAUGCUGGGGCUCUGUUAGGUCUUGGACUUGCACAGUUUUGGAAGCCAGGUGGUUGGACUCUUCCUUGGGUACCCAGGACUCUUUGUCUGGCUCUCUCAUCACUGGCCCUCCACUAUGUCAGCAGUUUCCAGCUACCCACGGUUCCUCCUCUGCUCUUCUACUCCCUGUUCUUCCUCAAAUACACUCUUGUGCCACAGGUGGUCAUGGUAUUCAUCCCAGGAUUUGUGCAUCUCCUAACAGCCAAACCCAAGAAAGACUGAAAAGGAAAGUUUUGACGAAUGCCAGAGACACUUCUGGUGUCCUUAAACCAGCCAUCAAUGCCAAAUGCGUCACACGAAAAUAACCAAGCAGCUGGAACAUUAGUCAUUUAAGGAGUCUUAUUUACAAACAAGCAGAUAAUACAGUCGCUUACAACUUGUUUUGCAGGCAAAAACUAAUAUGGAUUACUGCAGUGCAUGAAUACAUUGAAGAAUUUUUUCUGUGCCACUAUAUACAGCAAGAACACUGCGCUCUAUAAAGGCUGUUAUAUACACAUUUAGUGAAAAAAUAGAAUUGCACAGUUUUUCUUGAGAAAUUUGACAACUUGAAAGGUUAUGUAGUCUUUUUUUAAGUUCUUUAAACGGUCUUGUAUUAAAUGUGUUUUUAUUUACUGUAGCAAUAGCAAAAGUAAUGCCUGUAAAACAAGUCAAUGUUCCUGGCCUGACCUCUUAGUAUUUGCUAAGUUAUUGCUAAAAUGUUCUGAAGGAUUUCCAGGCAUGUUUUCUACUGUACUAUAUGUUCAUGUAUCCAGAUAAGGCUGAGGGCCAAAUUUCAAUGCAAUUUUAUUGGACUCAUCUGAUCCAUUAGAAAGUAAUAUUACACAUUUGAUGCAUCAUUCAUGUCCAUAGCUCCAUGGGAUGAGGUAUGUGGCUAGGUUUAAUGUUUAACUUUAAAUGCAUUCUAUUGAAGUAAAAGUUUGCUUUUGUUGUCAUACAUGACAGCGGUUCUGUAUAAGCUGUACACAACUGUAAUAUAAAAAGUUUGAGCUGUAUAAAAAUGACCACUGACAUGAUAAAAACACAUUCUGGUUUAUUGAAGUCGUUAAACGUUGUCACAGCGCUCUGAAAGCUCACAUUUACAGACGAGAAACUCUGCUUAGCAAGCAAGUACAUUAAAAUCAACUCAAAAAUCUAACUGAAAAACUAAAAAAGAAUGGUCAAACCCUUCCGAGGUAAAUGUCACAUCUAUACUGUUGGGUUUGGUGGAGAUUUUUUGUCAACCCUUUGUGUUUUGUUUCUCCUCUGUUGGAGACAUACCGCAGAUUUGUUGAUGUGUGUGUGUGUUUUCAGGGGGAAUGGAGGAUCGGUCAUGCGUCAGAUUAUGUACAGCAAAAAUAAUACACAAAAAAACUACACUUUCCUAACAAGACCCACAGAGUCCUGUAUGAUCAGGAAUUUGUUGGUGCUGUUUCUGUAUUUCGCUCUCCCUCCCUGUAUUUGAAGAUGAGGGAUCUCUUGAAGCAGGUUUACACUGACAGCAGUAGAAAUGUGAAUAUGGUUUGCUUUAAGAAAAGCGAUCUAGAUAUUAGUCCGUAUGCUGUAUUUUUGAGAAGAUCUGACCGAAGCCACAGUUAAGCUCUGCAUGUUAAUAAUAUUGCAUUGUGAAGCAGAGAACUUCAAAAGAAACUAGCUGAAUAUGUUUUUUACACUACAAAUACACUAUUUCAAAACGGCUGGUUUGCUUAUCGGGAGUGUGUGAUGCCUCUGUACUGUGUUUGACACAUAAGGCUCGUUUCAAGUCCCUUUCACGCUUUAUUUUGCAGAGGACAGCAGGAUUUUGUAUGCAUAAACACAUUUGGCCACUAUAUACAGCAAGUACACUGCGCUCUAUAAAGGCUGUUAUAUACACAUUUUAUAUCUUUUUAAAAAUGUAAUUUUGCUCUUUAAUAUUAUUAUUAUUGUUCAUUCAUUUGCUUGAAAAAAUCAGAAUUGCACCAAGGACAAUGACUGCUAUUUUGUUUUCUAGUCGUACAACUAAUCACAGGUCAUUUUCCAGUGUUAACUGAACAUAUGUUAGUAAGGAUGUUCCAUCCCAGAUCCAAAAAACCCCUCUCCAUCCCCCCAGUGUUCGCUUCCCAAACAAUCCUUAUCAAUGAAUAAAGUGCUCUCUUUUUUUAGAAUGUCAGACAGUGCAAACCAAAACUAUGAAUUAAAGUUUAAGUUAAAACAAACAUAUUUCACUUGAUAUACUGAUGCGUCUCUGUGAGAAUGCAAUAUUCCAUUUCUUAAAACAAGAGUUUUACACAAACUGCCCUGAAACUGUGUUUUGUGUACUUUACAUACUGUAGAGUAUAUGUAGCAUCUACGAUGGUGUAAUACAUUCUUCCAUUGAAAUGUGGCACUUCUGCCAUUCCAGUGUUUGGUGAUAAACUGAGCUAAUCUUUUAAAUAAGACACUUGUUAUUAAGGACAAAAUGAGGGUUACUUGAAAAUGAGCAUAUUAAGCUUAUUACAAAGAAAUUGAUAAAAUGAACAUUAUUGCCACUAUACAAUUGUUAAUUUGACACAAUAUUUCUGCUUGUGAGCCAGAAUUCUAUAGGUAAUCACUGUUAAAAUAACAACCUCCAGUCAAAUGAAAAUGUUUUGAAAAGGCAAACUCAACAGAUACAAAAUGAAAGAAAACCAACUAAAAUUGACACAAAAACUGCUUCAAUAUUUCUAUACAUCAUAAUAUAUUAUAUAACUUAAAUAUAAAUAUUCCUUUUUCCUUCUGUAACUACAUCUUAAAUUUACCGAAACAUCAUUUUCACUUUUUACAGUAUUGAACAACAACCCAACAUUGUGAUGUCCAGAAAGCCUACUGUAGCAGUUUAGUUUAGCUUAAAUGGGAAGAGAUAAGUGAGGGUGGGAAUAAGUUUAACACAGAUUCCCAGUUUCUUAUACACUUCAGUGCAGGAAACGAUGGCAAGGUAAACUCUUACUCUGCAUGUAGGCCUCUUUCGUUGGGACAUCAAGAAAUGUGCUUUCCUAAAAUGUGCAGAGCUUUAAAGAAAGUUUUUCAUUUUGACAUACUGUAUUCUAAUACUCUAAAAGGGCACUGUCAGGGUAUUUGGAACCUGUCCACCACCCAAGUUCUUAAAACUAGGUUUAUAUCAACAGAUUGCGUUUACCUAAAGUAGGCACGGGUAUUUGUACAUAUCUUGUAACACUGUUUUUUAGUUUAUUAAAAGCAUUUUCUCCUAUGUAGUUCUACACAAAAUACUGACUUUAAUAUCCUGCACCUACACCGUCCCUCACACAAGAGCUGACACAAACAUUCAUUUUCAC